CGUGCAACAUCGGACAUGUGCGCUUUCUCCGCCUUUCCUCUCGUCUCCUCGUCCGUUGGGGGCUCGGGCGCUCGGCUGGAUCCAUUUCGCGUGGCGCGCGCGGUCGACGGGAGGUCCCAGCCAGCCAGCGAGAGAGGGAGCCGGGGCCGGGCGGGGCGGCACCUCGCGAGAUGGCGGCGGAAGCGGACGACCCGUCGCUGGCGGCGACCCUGGAGAAGUUCCGCCUCUACGAGACGCGCGCGGUUGCUUGCUGGAACGCAGAGGUUCUACGUGAUCGGGAGCUCGCGGGAGAAGCGCUGGUUCCGGGUGCUCAAGAUCGACCGCUCCGAGCCCUCCGAGCUCAACGUAAGCGAGGACCCCGUCUGGUACUCGCUGCAGGAGGUCAAGAGCCUCCUCCAGCGGAUCGACGAGGGCAACCGAUCCACCGGGGGCCUCGCCUUCGUCACCAAGGCAUACGGCAUCGCAGGUUGCAUCAAGUUCCUGGAGUCAUACUACCUGAUUUUAGUCACCAAACGCCGUCAAAUCGGUUGCAUUUGCGGGCAUGCUAUAUAUUGUAUAGAUGAGAGCCAGAUGAUCACCAUCCCACACUCAUCAGUGCAAACAGAUGUUGCGACCUCUAAGAAUGAGCUGAGGUACAAGAAGCUUUUGGCUAGUGUUGAUCUCACCAAGGAUUUCUUCUAUAGCUACACAUAUCCAAUUAUGCAGAGCCUGCAACAGAGUGUUACUUCUGCAGGGAUGAAAGAAAUGCCUUAUGAAAAUUUGUUUGUCUGGAACACUUUUCUGACAGAGCCAGUACGUUCAAGGUGCCACAAUACUCUCUGGACAGUAGCUCUUGUCCAUGGGCACUUCAAGCAGGUCAAGCUAUCAAUUUUUGGCAGAGAGAUAAAUGUUGUUCUCAGCUCUAGAAGAUCCCGACACUUCGCCGGGACACGGUAUUUGAAAAGAGGUGUGAAUGACCAUGGAAAAGUUGCUAAUGAUGUUGAAACAGAGCAGAUAGUCUUUGAAGAAGAGGCUGGUUCCUGGAAGGGAAGAAUGAGUGCCGUAGUACAGAUGCGAGGAUCAAUCCCUCUCUUUUGGUCACAAGAGGCAUCUCGACUUAGUCCUAAGCCUGAUAUUUUUGUGCAGAGAUAUGAUCCCACAUAUGAAGCAACAAAAUUACAUUUUGAUGAUCUCGCCCGGCGAUAUGGACAUCCUAUCAUAAUACUUAAUUUGAUAAAGACUGUUGAAAAAAGGCCACGUGAAAUGAUGCUCAGGCGUGAAUAUUGUAGAGCUGUUGAAUAUCUUAAUCAAAAUGUCCCAGAGGAGAAGAAGUUGAGAUUCAUCCACUGGGAUUUUCAUAAAUUUGCUAAAAGCAAAUCUGCAAAUGUACUGGGUGUUUUAGGAAAAGUUGCGGGUGAAGCACUGGACCUCACUGGGUUUUACUACAGCGGAAAGCCAAAAGUCCAGAAAAAAAGGUUAAUUCAGCUUAGUCGAACUAGCACUGCAAGGGAUGGCUCCCUUGAUAUAAGGGCCAGUUCUGGAGAUCUUUCAAGGCUCAGGGAUGGCUCCCUUGAUAUAAGGGCCAGUUCUGGAGAUCUUUCAAGGCUCUCUAGUAAUGCUGAGGCACUUAGUUCUACAGGCUUUCAAGAUAUGAGAAAUCAGGCUAACAAACAAGAGUUUCUUGGUGAUACUCCCUGUUACCAAACUGGAGUGCUCCGUACAAAUUGCAUAGAUUGCCUGGAUCGCACAAAUGUUGCUCAGUAUGCAUAUGGCCUUGCUGCUUUGGGGAGGCAACUUCAUGCAAUGGGACUGACAGAUGUUUUAAAAAUCCACCCUGAUAGCAGCAUUGCUUCUGCUUUGAUGGAAAUGUACCAGAGCAUGGGUGAUGCACUUGCUCAUCAGUAUGGAGGAUCUGCGGCACAUAACACGGUUUUCCCUGAGAGGCAAGGGAAAUGGAAGGCUACUACUCAGUCUCGGGAGUUCCUGAAAUCAAUUAAACGGUAUUACAGUAAUGCCUACACUGAUGGUGAGAAGCAGGAUGCUAUAAAUCUAUUUCUGGGGUAUUUUCAACCACAAGAAGGAAAACCAGCUCUUUGGGAGCUGGAUACUGAUUACUAUCUUCAUGUGACGACAGCUGGGGAUGAUCUUAUGUCUGAUAGCUACCACUUGAGUUCUGCACCUGGAAAUAAUGUGUUCGUGGGGUCUGGAGCUGCAUUGAACCCUGGGACCAUAUUGAGCCCUGUCCCAGCAUGCAAAGAGGAUUUCUCACGGAAGAAGCUUACUUCGUUCGACAAACUUAUAGAAAGAACAUGUAGUUCUAUAAGGAAUGUAAGGCUUCAUUGUGACGCUGAUCUAAAGCCAAGUGGAGGUGUUGGAACUUCUGGAAUGGCACCAGAUGCAGCUGAGAUACAGCUUAAAAGCCCCAACUGGUUGUUUGGUCAAAGGAAGCAUACGGAGACAAUUUCAACCGCAAGAGUUGCCCCGGUUGAAAACGUGAACGAGGGGAACAGAGACGAGUCAAAUGUGUCUCUUUGUGGGGAACUAAUUUGGCUAUCCUCCUCAGUUGAAUCAUGCGAGGAGGACAUUUUCAGAAGGUACCUUGCAUUCACGACAGCGGAUGUAGAGAAUGGCUGGUAUGGCGGAACACUGCUAUAUGACCGAGAUGAAAACAGCGGGGCUUACAGGCACUAUUCUGAGCUCUGCCAGGGAGCUGUCAUGGAUCCCUUUGAGCAUGACCCUGAGAAAGAGCGGCACUACGCGGAGGCCCUUAGCGUGGAUCUCGGCGAUGCACGGGUGGAGGCCGAAAUGCAGGCCGCGCUGGAUGACUACCAGGUCAUAGGGUCGGACCUGAGCAUCAUCCCUUCGUGCGGAGCACUCGCAGAGGACCCGAGCCAGCUGACGAGGUGGAUCAUUGGAGAUGAGAGGCUGCUUGUGGGUGCUGCUGCGCAGUAGACCGGUGGGGUUCUGUCUUCUACUCUUCUGUGGAAGGUUGUACAGAGCAACAGAUUGCCAUUCACCGACCCAGCCUUUGUGUUUUAUAGAUACUUCCCUGAAACAAUUACUCCAUGUAUUUAGCAGCAGGUGUUUUAUAGACACUUCCCUGAAACAAUUACUCCAACACGUGCAUGCAAUUUAUUGUUGUGCAGCAGGUGGUAUUGCUGCUGGGAUUAGCUUUGGCAAUAAUAGUUGAUUGUUGUGCAGCA